CUCGUGCUACAUGUAGACUCACAAAAACCCUACCAAGAACAUCAUCAACUUCCCGGCGCGACGGCAUGGACGAGGAUCGAUUCCGGAGCUGCAGCUCGAAGACAGCCAGGCGUCGUCUGCGCAACCUCCUCGUCCUCGCCGCAGAUUACCUCAAGUACCUCUUCAUGAGCCGGCGCCGACUCCUCCGCAGGGUGGCGAGGCGCACCCACGCCGUCCUGUCCUCCUACCACGGCAAGAGCAACAAGUGUCUGCCGCCAUACUGUCCUCCUCGGGCGUUAAUGGAGCACGAGUUUUCGUGCAGCGACAGCCCUAGCCCCGCGUUCCUCGCGGCCAAGAGGCUCCAGUCACGGCUGAAGCGGGGUGCCGCCGCCGGCGCUGCCGUCUCUUCGUGCUUUGGCGCCACCGUUGGGGCCUCGUACGGGUCGCCGCCAGCGACAGAGGAGGACGGCGUGGUUGAGGAGGAAGAUGACGCUGAUGUGUGGGAAUGCUACGGGCUUGAGCCUGACGUGGACUACAGGGCGGAGGAGUUCAUCACAAUGUUCUAUGAGCAGCUCAGAGCGCAGAACAUUCCUCCGGUUUUGCAGCGCUCGCCGUGACGCGCGACGCUGAGAC